UUCGAGGAGGACAAGAGACGAGAAGAGGCGCGAUGAGAUGAGAGGAGAGGAGGAGAAGAGAGUCAAUCGCGCUCGUCUCGCGAGAAUAGGCGAGGCUGCCGGACGAGAUGUGAGGGACUCAGGUGUAAGAGCGCUCCUCAUCCACACACAGCAGAGCCAAACAGAGACGCACACACACACACACACACUGCGGGCAUCUUCUCUGUACCAUCAGCAGCCGAGCGCUACCGCAUCCGCCCGACGCCAGAAGAGGAGGCGGGAGGACCUGGCCUCUCUCGCUUUGGGUUUUAUCCUCCUUUCGUGCACUUUAUCUAAACUGGAUCUAGCGCAAACAUGAUGUCCAUGAACAGCAAACAGGCGCAUUUCGCCAUGCAUCCCAGCUUACCUGAGCACAAGUACACAUCUCUGCACUCGAGCUCGGAGGCGAUCAGGAGAGCCUGUCUGCAGACUCCACAGCUACAAAGCAACAUAUUCGCCAGUCUGGAUGAGACGCUCCUGGCCCGCGCCGAAGCUCUGGCGGCCGUGGACAUGGCCGUGUCCCAGGGUAAGAGUCACCCGUUCAAGCCCGACGCCACGUACCACACGAUGAACACCGUGCCAUGCUCGUCCACCUCCACCGUGCCACUCGCCCACCACCACCACCACCACCAUCACCACCACCACCAGAACCUGGAGCCGCCCGACCUCAUGGAGCACAUCAGCUCUCCGUCGCUCGCGCUGAUGCCCAGCGGUCACGAAGGGGCCGGUGGUGGAGGCGGAGGAGGAGGCGGCGGGGGCCUGAUCUCCUCGUCGGCCCACCCGCACUCACACAUGCACGGGCUCACCCACCUGUCCCACCAGGCAGCUAUGAACAUGAACUCGCCGCUCACUCACCACGGACUCUUACCGGGCCACCACGGCGGUGCGCACCAGGGCGCGCCGGGACUCAUCAACAACGGACUGCCCUCCAUCAACGACUCGGACACGGACCCUAGGGAGCUGGAGGCGUUCGCGGAGCGCUUUAAACAGCGGAGGAUCAAACUCGGGGUGACUCAGGCGGACGUGGGGGGCGCGCUGGCCAACCUGAAGAUCCCAGGCGUGGGCUCCCUGAGCCAAAGUACCAUUUGUCGCUUCGAGUCUCUAACUCUGUCGCACAACAACAUGAUCGCGCUCAAACCCAUCCUCCAGGCGUGGCUGGAGGAGGCCGAGGGCGCCCAGCGCGAGAAAAUGAGCAAACCCGACAUUUUCAACGGCAGCGAGAAGAAGCGCAAGCGGACCUCCAUAGCGGCCCCGGAGAAGCGAUCUCUGGAGGCGUAUUUCGCGGUCCAGCCUCGGCCGUCCUCGGAGAAAAUCGCGGCUAUAGCUGAGAAAUUGGACCUCAAAAAGAACGUGGUGCGAGUAUGGUUUUGCAACCAAAGACAAAAACAGAAGAGGUUGAAAUUUUCCGCGGCUCACUGAUGGACUACUUCUGUAGGGAAACAAACAACAAAACAAAACGGACUUUUGGGGACCAAGGAAAAGCGCUUUGGCUCAAACGCGUGUGCUCAUGAUUAGUACCGUUUGAUUUUCACAACUCAUGUUUCUUUUCACUGUAUUGGUGAAUGUGAAGUAUGCAAAUAACAGGUAAUCCAGACGAACUACUUUUCUGCGGUUCAACUCUACAUUUGUUUUUGUUGCCCCGAUGACGUUUGUUCUGAAUGACGAAAAAUAGCCAUUGAUGGAUUACCUCAUAGUUUAAUUCUAUCCUAUUUAUGUAUUUAUUUAUGUAUUUAUUUAUGUUCAGCAUAUUUGUGUACUUAUUCAUUCGUAACAGGGAACUGCUAUAUUUUUGAUUAUUAAAUGUGUUAAAAGCAGAUCCCCUUUUCACAGUCUUGCUGAUGAACUAAUGUGAUCAUUCAAAGGUCUGCUCUGAUGAAUACACAACUGAACAGGAAAAGAAAAGUAUACAGAGUCCCUUUUAAAUAAAGGUGGCAACCACCGCUCGUAUUUGUUGAAAUUGCACUGAAAUCUACUGUUAUUUAGAUUGGUUAGAUAUAUUCUAAUGCUUUUGUGUAUAUAUAUAAAUAUACGUACAAAUGACACUUGCUCACCGUGCAAAACUGAAUUCCCAGUUUAUUUUUUUUUAUUACUUAUUAUUAUUUAGUCUGUUUAUUAUUGUUUUGGAAAAUCAGAAUUCUUCCUCUGCGGAUAUUAGUUAACUCGCAUGAUAAAGAUGAUUAUAUUUACAAAGCAAAAUUGUCCUGAAAUAUAAUUUCGUUGGUUUGUAUACUUUGGUUUGCAGUGCAAACAUUCUAUGCAUUGAAGAAAAAAAAAAGAA